AUGAGUUCUAAGGAUGAGAGUACAACCUGUAAUCCAUCUCACUGCGGCAUUAUCACAAACAUCUCACAUCCAUUUCCUCUCCGAGACGACCCACCCGGCUGUGGCAUCCCGGCACACGAGUUAGCCUAUCCUGGAAUUCGGGAGGGCGAUUGCUCCUACCUCCCACGCUAUUUCUUAUCCCUAUCUAAUUCCACCGACACUUACAAUCUUUCCUACGCUUAUAAUAACAAUAAUCCCUAUCUUGGCUCUCUUGGAACAGCACCCGACUCAGAACUGGCAUUCGACCACGUUAUUUACCUGAACUGUGGUGAUCUGGUGACGGACGACGCGAGCUAUCUGGAUACGUUCCCCUGCGUGAACUGGGGAAUGAAAGGAGAAGGAGGAGGCCAUGUUUAUGCUGUGGCUGGAGACUUGGAGGCUGAGAGGUUGAAACCUGAGUGUCGUGUGAAACCAGUGGCCACCAUUGCUUCGGAUUGGAGAUCAUUCAUGAAGGGGAAAAGCUACUCGUACGCUGAUAUUCACACAGUACUUUCUCUUGGGUUUGAGGUUUCAUGGUGGCCACAAGCUUGCAAAGAUCUUCCCUGUGCACCUGGAGAGAUUUGCUUCUUCGACAAACACACGCAAAAGGCCUAUUGCGAAGAAAUUAAAAUAGCGUCUUCUUGUUACAGUCGGGAUGGUGUACCUUUUUAUCUCUUCUGUGGGAACGCGGCAUAUCUGAGCUAUUGUGUACAAGGUUUGCCAUUUUCUAAGGAUAUUCAUCGUCGUAAGAUUCUAAACUAUCGAAUAAUGACACUUGUAUUGGUUGAGGCAGUAAAAUCAAAUGGAGUGGGAGGCACCUUUAAUUUGUCUACUUCUCCUUCCAGCAUUUGUAUCACUGUUUUCAUGGAAGGACGGUUUAUUGAAUGCCACUGGAUGCACCAAAGUCCUACAAUUGCUAGCUUUUUAGCAAUUCUAAUGUCAAUCUCAUCAUCUAUAUGA